GUAGCAGCUGCAGCCGAAAAAAAAAACCAAAAAAGAAAAAAAAAUCAAAACAGAACCCCUACCCAUUUAUAUCUUUCGCUGAUUUGAUUGGGUGAUCAGACAUGGCGAGCUGCAACAAUGGAGGCGGAGGAGGAGGAGAAGAUCAGCCGCCAACGGAAAUGGCGGAGCUUAGCAAAACCCUAAAAGACGGAGAGAGAAUUCUGGCGCCAACCCGACGACCCGAUGGUACGCUUCGCAAACCCAUCCGUAUUCGGGCUGGGUAUGUCCCCCAAGAGGAAGUCGCCAUUUACCAAUCCAAAGGUGCUUUGUGGAAAAAGGAGAUGUCCUCUCAGACUGGACCUCCAGGUUUUGAUGAUACUUCAGUGGAUACAACAAAACCUAAGACUAAGUCUGUAAAGAGGAAUGAAAGAAAAAAGGAGAAGCGGAUACAGGCUGCUCUUGAAAAGGAGAAAACCUCGGAAAGUGGGGAAACUAAGGAAGAGGAGGCACCUGUUGAAAAUCUAGGCCAUGUAUCAGAAUCUGUCAAGUCAUUGACAUCUCAGAUGAACGAGUUAGGCGUUUCUUCUAGUCCUGCUUUAGUUACACCUCCAUCUGACUCAACAGAGGAUUCGAAUCCAGGGGGACCAGUUCAAGAUAUUGAUAAAAAAAUUCGAGCUCUUAAAAAGAAGAUUCGACUUGCCGAAGCUCAACAACAGAAAACUCAUCAGCAAGAUAAUAAGUCAGAGCAGCUGGACAAGUUGACAAAACUGGAAGGUUGGCAUAAGGAGCUAAAGCUUCUGGAGGAUAAAAAGAAGGCUGAGUUGACUGCAUCGUGAAUGAGGGUGUGUUAGCAUCAAGAAACCAUGUUUUCUUUUUUCUUUCUUCCAUUUAUGUUUUUCUGAUAAAGACAUGAAUGCUGAAUUGUAGAAAAAGGUUCAUCUAUUCACAUUUGGUUCUAAUGAGUUUAUAUUAUAUGUGCUUUAUACUAGGGUUUCAGUUCAAAUAUAGCACCUGAUCCACCACUCAGGGUAUAUACCGUACCGUGUCUGUUCCUUUA